CAACAUUUGAUGCAACAUGAUAGGUCAAGAUAUGAAAAGUGCCAUCAGCCAUACGAAAUGUCUCAGUUAUAUUCGAAAAUAGCAAUGGGAAAACAACAUGGAACUAAUAAUCCAGCUGAUGAAAUACAAAUUUGUAAGAUCAGUGAACAGCAGAAAAAGUUCCGGAAUAAUACCUUACAAAAUUUGAAUGUUACUGACACGCAUUAUAUUAAAGAAAAAGUUGAACGACACAGUCGAAUUGCAACAGUUAGAUCAAUUUCCUCUGAUCUUCACCUUGAAUCUAUGAGGUUAAAUGCAAAUUACAGUCAAAAGUCAGAUACAUCAUCUAUGGAAUUAAAUCAACUGGAUUUACAAAAUGAGAGUGAUAUGAGCAAUGAAGAAGACCAAAUAAUAACAGAUCUCCGGUUACGUAUGACACGAUUAGUAACAUCAUGGUAUAAUUUGCACAAGAAAUGGCAUCAAAUAUAUGAACGACUAGAAUUACAACUUAGUAUUAAUGAAUUUGCAAGUGUCGCAGAUUCUUUGGAACAUUGGCUGGUACUUCAUUCAGCAGAAGUAGAAUGUUUAGAUAUGGGUGAUUCUAUCAAGGAAACACAAAUAUUAAUUGAUCGAUUAAAUGUUUUGGAACGGAAUACUUUGCCACAAAUCAGCAGAUAUGAAAAACUUAAACAACUUACAAAGUUUGAACUCGCUGAGAUCAAUGAAAAUAUGCUGAAUGUGCCAAUAAGUUGUGUGAAUAUUGUUCACAGUUCGGAUCUAGAAAAUAUACAAACACCUUUAAAUUACUAUGAAUUGAACGAAACAGAUGCAUCAAAUGAUUUUGAUGAUUCUAAGCAGAAUGUCGACACAAUGACAGAUGAGAAUGUAAAGGAUACUACUGAUUCACCUGAAGUUAGUUGGGAGGUGGCAGAAGAUUCUAUAAGUGACUAUUUAAUGAGAAAACACGAGUGGAUUAAUCAUAAUUGCAAAUCUCGUGAUCGUUCCUGGUAUGAACUAUAUAUGGUCUUAAAUACAUCAGUUAAAGAGCUGUUAGCCUAUAAAAACAAAUCUGAUUACAAUGAAGAUAAUCCUCAAUCCAAUACAUUUCGUGGAGAGACUGGAUUAUUGGUGGGACAGAAUCUAUUAACUGCUUGUGAAACAAAGGAUUAUACGAAACGAUCCAAUACAUUUCGCAUUACAUCUACGGCUACCGGAGCUCGGUAUCUAUUCCAAGUUCGUUUGAUAAUUGUCAUUCAUUAUGUUUGA